CACUGCAUUGUGGAGUAAGAAAGGAAGGAUUUAAAAACUGCUCUUCACGGCAUAUAAAGUAGGCCUGCAAUUGUCGCACACUGCAUUGUGGAGUAAGAAAGGAAGGAUUUAAAAACUGCUCUUCACGAUGGCGAGGUAGAACUUAGCCCGCUUCUUCUCGGCAAUCACCAUGGCAACGCAAGGAGAGGAUGAAGACAAAGACAUAACCACAAUUGAAGACGAUAUUUCAGUGACCUCAAGUUUCACUUACCGUUCUAAGGCGGUUAUCCCAUCAUUUAUCGAAACUACAGAACAACACAGUGAUCACUCGACUCAGAAAAAUGACGAUCAAAUCCAAACAGGAGGCAAGGUCAGUCCGGUUAUAGAUGCAGCAACAUCAGAUAUGUCAGUUAUAAACUCUUUGAACGAGGAUGCAUCGGACAGUGUUAAAACUGAACGAUUAGAAACUGAAUCUCAGACCGAAAUCAACGAAAUAAUUCAAACAGGUCCUACAGCGUUCAAUACUUCAGACAUACGAUGUGAGCCAUGCUUUGCUGCAAAGAAUGCGCAAAAGUCGCCCACAGGCUAUUGUAAAGAAUGCGAAGAGUUCCUUUGCGAUUCAUGCCAGAAAAAACACCCGAUGUUCCGAAUGUUUAAGGAUCAUAAAAUUAUACCAGCUCAGGAAGCCGUUGCCAUACAACUUGAGCCCUCUAAAAUGUGCGAACAAUGUGCUGUACUAGAUAUUUCAAAGGAAGCGAAACAUGUUUGUCCCAAUUGCGAAGAUUUAUUAUUAUGCGAAACAUGUGCCCAGUGUCAUCGUGCUUUGAAAAGUACAAAAACGCACGUUUUAAAAGAUGUAUCAACUUUCUUCACAGAUAAAGAAAAGAAGGACAUUUAUUGUGACCCUUGUAAAAUGGAAGACGUUGCUUCUGUUGCUUGCAUGUUUUGUCCAGAUUGUGAGAAUGAAGCUAUGUGCGAACAAUGCAGUAAAAUGCAUUGCGCACUAAAGAAGACGAGAAUGCAUAAGCUUUUUGAUAUCAGCGAACUUAUUUCGAACAAAACAGAAUCCGAAGGAAAACACAGUGAACCAACAGCAAAUCUCUUUUGCGAGAUGUGCGAGGUUCAGGGGGAAAAGGUUGGCGCUGUCGCAAUAUGUGAUGAUUGUGGAGAAUAUCCAAUCUGCUCGGACUGCCGCGAAGUACACUAUCAUCGAAAGGCGACACGAUAUCACAAAUUGAGAGAUAUCAAGCCCCUAGAUAGUAUCGAGAAUACAUUGCCGAUGAAUCGCAAAUAUUGCGAGCCUUGUUUAGAUCAACAAAAAUGCAAUUCAAUGAAAGGAUUCUGUCUUUAUUGCGAGCAAUUUCUUUGUAAAGAAUGUAUUCAUCGACAUGGACUACAGUCAAUAACUCAAGAUCACACUAUAAAAAUGAAAAACAAAUCAAUACAAGCGACAACUCCUCAAUAUUGCGAUUUCUGUCAAAUUGAAGGGUUGCAAAAAAAAGCGGAUGCAAAAUGUCAAGAUUGUGAUGAAUUGUUAUGUAGUGAUUGCCUACGCUACCAUAAAAUUCAAAAGAUUACAAAAGAUCAUAAUGUUGUGACGAUACAAGAUGCUUCAAAAGAUAAAGAUACGCCUGAAACGAUGUAUUGUGAUAAUUGUAAAUUUGAAGACAAAGAUGAAGUUGCGGUUGCGGUCUGCAUACAUUGCGAUGAGUCGGCACUUUGUGAGAAAUGCGUUUCCUAUCACAAAAAACAGAAGGUUACCCGUGGACACAUACUUAAUAUUAUAAAAUCUCCAAGAACACUGCAAGAAACGAGUUCCUUUGAUGACAAAAUGGAAGAAAAAAAGACCUCGGAAAAGCUUGAAACGACUUGCCAGAAAUCUAGGGAUAUUUAUGAACAGCCAGGACAGCCCUUUGUUACCAAGAUAGGAUCGGAUGCUCUUACGCUCUCGUGGACAAAGCCAAAACGAUUCGGAUCGAACGAUUGUUUCCAAGUGUCUUUAAUGGAUGUGCGCCAGAAUAAAUGGCAUGUCCACAUUGAAUAUAUCACAGGAGAUAACGUCGAUGUUUCUGGUCUUCAGUCAGGAUCAAAAUACAAAUUCAAAGUACGUACAGUCUACGCCGAUGGCGAUGGGCCCUAUAGCGUUGACAGCGAAGUGAUAGAAACAAAGAGAUCUCCAGCUUCCUCGAUUAUAAACUUCGCCUGCCGUCUCGGAGAUGAGCUAGAUAUACCACAGUCCUAUGUUUUGCCAUUAACUGAACUGAGGCGUGCGAGAAACACAGAAGUCAAGACACGGAGGUUUGAAGUCGGCCAUCGACCAAAACUGCACAUGAAGGACAAAACAAUAAUAUUACUAGGCGAGACUGGUACAGGAAAGAGCACUCUUGUUGAUGGAAUGGCCAAUUACGUUCUUGGUGUACACUGGGAAGAUCCGUAUCGUCUCAAACUCAUUAAUUUGGAAGACGAAGAAAGGACCAAAAUGGGAAACCAGGCUAUGUCUCAAACGGAGUGGAUUACAUGCUACACAAUUCACCCAAUGGAAGGCAGUAGAUUCCCACAUACACUAAACAUCAUAGAUACCCCCGGAUUCGGAGACACGAGGGGUCUAGAGAGAGACGAAGAAGUCGUUCAGCAGAUGAGAACCCUCUUUUCAUCUAAAGAACCUGCAGGUGUUGCGACAUUAGAUGCUGUGUGUUUCUUAAUCAAAGCUCCAGACGCAAGACUGACGCCUAUGCAAAGCUAUAUUUUCCAGGCCGUAAUGUCCUUAUUUGGAAAGGAUAUAGCAGAAAACAUUUGCUCAUUGAUUACAUUUGCAGACGGAAUGGAUCCACCCGUUUUGUCUGCCCUGAAAGAAUCGGGUCUGCCGUUUGGAACACACUUCAAUUUCAACAAUUCUGGUCUAUUUGCGAACAAUACCAACAAUGAUUGCGGAAGUCUUGCACCAAUGUUUUGGAAAAUGGGAAUGGCAAGUUUUGAUCGAUUUUUCGCAUAUCUCGAUACCCUGCCAACAAAAAGUCUGCAACUUACUAGUGAUGUAUUACAAGAAAGGAAUCGGGUGGAAAUCACCGUGAAGAAUUUACAGCAAAAGCUUGAAAUUGGUCUGAUGAAAAUUGACGAACUCAAAACAGAAAUGAAAAUAUUUGACGAAAACAAAAAUUCAAUCAAAGACAACAAGAAUUUUAAGUACACGGUCACGGUUAUGCAACAGAGAAAAAAAGAUUUACCUUCAGGCCUACAUGUUACGAACUGUUUAAACUGUAACUUUACCUGUCAUAAUAAUUGCCGUAUAGCGGACGAUGAGAAAAAGUACAAAUGUUCGGCAAUGCAGCGCGACGUUGGUACGUGCAAAUAUUGUCCAGAAAACUGUCACUGGAAAUAUCACAAAAACAGUUCAUACGUGUUUGAUUACGUUCCAGUUAAAGAAGAAAAAACGUACGCAGAAAUGCAAAAAAAAUAUGAAGACGCAUCAGGAAAACUUCCUACACAGAAACUUGUUUUAGAAAAGAUGCAAAUAGAAUUGAAUGGAAUGGUGGACACUGUCGAAGAAAUGAUGGACAUUGUGAGGCACAGCAAUAUGCGCUUGGCCGAAAUCGCACUGCGUCCGAAUCCUCUUACUAUGGUUGAACAUAUUGAUUUAAUAAUUGAAAACGAGAAAAUGCAACACAAUCCAGGGUGGAUGAAAAGAAUUCAUACCUUGAGGGAAUUUCGUAAAAGGGCACAAGUUACAUCUGAUGCUGAAUCAUUCAGCCAAGUAGCCAGUUCGUUAGGUGUAACAGGAAACAGAAAGAAAAUUGUGAAAAGUAAGCAAAACAUCUUCAAGCGCAUAAAAAACACUUUCGGCUUUUAAAUAGAGGAAUCCAAGUGAAGUCCAUUUAUGUUGCUCUGAUAUUAAACAACAAAAAAGACUUAAAAAUAUGUUCUCUUGCAUGAAAUUAUUUUGUGUUUCGAUGUUAUGCAAUCUAACUAAAGUGCGUGACCUUACCUGCUGGUGACAAGAUCUGACACCGACCUAUUAAAGUCUAUAAUAGAAAUGAUCAGGAAUUACAGAAUUGCUAAAACAAUUACCUAAUAUGAAAAAAACUGCCAAUAAUAAACCAAAAUUCGUUUAGUUGCAAGUAAGUUAUAUAGGUUAAAUGUAUUUCCUUUGACGCAAAUAUUUUCGCAUUAAAAUAAUGCUUUCAUUGGUCAAAUUUGAAAAAAAAAAUCUUUGCUAAAGAACAACGAUUGAAUGGAUUAUCUCAAAGUAUAUUUGUUUCAUUGUAAACACAGCCAGAGAUUUAUGUUGAAGGUAUAUGUCUGGUAUUUUGGUAAAAUAUUUAAUAUCGUAACAUUAUUACGUUUUUGACUUAAUAUGAAAAAUAUUGUACGUGUAUACAAUUUUGAAACUAAUUGUAUAAUACUAGCUACGAAGUUUGAAUAUCACUGUCUCUCAUGUUUAAUUAUAUGCUGUUACAUAUGCUUUCCGCUUGUGUAUAUUCAGUUAAUUACUAGAAAGCCAUUGAAUAUGAUCUGAUAUUCACUUGUAGAAAGCCAAUAUUUUAUUUCUGCAAAUGCUAACCAAAUCUUUUUAUGGCUCCUUAGACUACAGAUGUUUUAUAGUAUGAGAAAGAAAGUUAUGUUUCCAAAUGUAUAUGAACAAUCCAGAACAAAAAUGAUAAACAAUAAUUAUUUACGACAUAAAAAAUAUUAUAUGCACGCAAAUAACUGUCUUCUUUGAAUGACGCUAUUUCCUGAUACUAGUAAGCCGGAAAUGACGUCACUAGAUUUGCGUCGAUUUGUGCGUCUUUGUAAUUGUCAAAACUGGUAUUCGAUAGGCGCCAAAUUAAAACUCAUAAAAUAUGAUACAGGUUGCGCUUCUGAUCGUGCUCUGGACCAGUGACGAACGGUUUAUUUACAAGUAAUAUAAAGCAGGCGUUUAUUAUAUGUUCGGUUUAUUUUCUUUCCUUUUUAUUGAGUGAAUAGCUGUCACUUGUCAUACCAAAAACCUAGGAUCUAGCAGGAGUCUUCAUAUAAUACUUUGAUUCAUCGGGAAAAUAUGUUAAGAAGCUGGCAUGUUUUCGGGAUGAGUUGUUUAAAAUUUCGUAUUGUACUUUGAAGAGUGUCAGAUUCUUUGUAUAUUUUAGAUUAAUAAAUCUAAAAAUAAUCUACUUUUUAAACCUGCGCUGAUAGUGAGCAGAAUAUCACAUAACAAUUCUAAUUCCCACGCUAAAUGCAUUGCAGAAAUGUAGUAAUCGGACUAUUACAAAAGAGAAUAUAUAUCCAAUCGCAUAUAAGAAGAAGGCAUAAUAAGAUAUUAUUCGGUAAAUUCAGAACACAUACACCAGUUUUUUUUACGAAAUUUGAUUUCUUUAAAAUUUUGCUAUCAUAUCCGGUUAAAAUGACUAUAUCAGUUGUUACAUGUUCCUCAUUUCCUGUUAAUCAAAAUAUUUGUCCACAUGAGCCACGGCCUUCUUAAUAUUUUGUUUUUAAACCUUGAAUAAUUUCUUUAACGUUUUUAACGAAGUCUUUAAAAUGCUCUUUUACAAACUCAAAAAGAAAUGUCACGUUUUCCUCUUAAAAUUUAGAUGAAAAAGUAACUACUUUAUUCAAAUAAAUAUUAGGAUUUAUAAAAACAAUUUUAGAAAUAAACGUACUGACAAUUCAGCUUUUUUUCAGUUAUAUUGUUUACAAACAUGUAGACCGUUUAAAUUAAAAACAAUCUAAUAUAACAUAUGUCUGAUGCAGAACAAAUACGUGAUGGUUAAAUCAAACCGGAAACAAGGUAUGACAUGUCAUAAAGAGUGAAAUGACAAAGGUGACGUCAUUCCCGUCUUGAAUAGUAAUGAGAAUUUUUUUCGUAAGUGAACGUUUACUUGUUGCUGUAUAUAGUCGAUGAGGCUAAUAUCUUUAUUCUGUAAGCAUUGUUAAAUAUUGGUACACUAUUGGUUGUGUCCACAUAAACUGGUUAUAAACCCUCAGUGAACUUGUGUUCCAGUGAGCUCUUGUUUCACUGACCGUUGCAACGAUGGUUUAUCCUUUAUCUUUUAUGGAUACAUGACUGUGUGGUCUGGUUUUAUUGCUUUUAACGUUUCAUGUCCCUCGUUCAGUGUCUAGUUUGACCCUAGCCAAAGUAUUAUUAUUCAUUAUUAAGUAUUCCUUAAGCUUUUAUUUUCUGUGUUUGAAACAUUUGUUACUAGUUUUCCUGUUGUUAUGUAAGGUUCCAUUUUCUAAAAUUUGACUGUUGUAUUUUUUAGUUUGAUGCCAGAUUUCCAAAUAUUAUUUAGCUAUAUUAUGUGUGCUGCUUACGAUUAUUAAAAUGUCCCCUAAUUUUAUCUUGUAAAUAUUGUUUGAUGUCUAUGUUAUAAGUGUGCUCUACUAUGUUGUAAUCAUUGCCUAAACUGGUGGUCCUGUUAUAUGGGUCGUAUAGUUACACACUUUUUGAACAGUAAGAUUGCUUUUAAAAAUGUAGGCCUUUUCGUGGAUAUCGUCCGUUCCUGCCAUUUACACUGCAUAAUUUUGUUUGGAAAGUUCAGCGUCUAAUUCAAACCUUUAAGAUCGCAUUCAGAGCUUUUCGAAAAGCGAUAUUCUUUGUUGCUAUUUCGUUGCAAACUAUAGCUAAGACGAUAUCCGUGAAAACGUCUACAGCCAUACUAGGCAUCUUACAACGAGGUGCAUUUAAUAAAUUGUCUCUGGUAUUUGUAUAUUUAAAAUGUUCACUUCGUCAACAAUCUAUUCACGUUAUUCCUUAACAUUAUUACUUAUGUACAGGAACACAUUUUUGCUAUCCACCUAAAGGAUGCCAAUCUGUUGUACCUUUGGUACACUGCUUGCAUACUAAUGAACCAAACCAAGGGCAUUCCUAGUAGCAAAACGUUUACAUAAAUAAAAUUAUUGCCGGUGAAUUAAUAAACAUCCACAAUCAACUUCUUUUUGCAUAAAUAUUCUAAGGAAGACCAUUUUUUGACAUGAAUGGUUGAAUGCCCUUUGUUUGACCUUGUUUGAACUUAACUAUGUUUGAAAUAAGUUGAUAAUCAGAGAUCAUAUUAUUCAAUAAAACAGUUGAAUAAACACUUGCUUAUCCUGUUAACGACAAACUGAAUACAGUUAUUUACCUAUAGAGUUUAAAGGACUCUGUUAACGGUUAUCAGUUGAAUAGUUAAUCAACUUUAAAUAUAAUAUAGAAUUAUGAAAAAACAACAACAAAGAAUAACAUUAUGUACAUUUACGUCAUGUGUGUGCCAUUUUGAAUAUGAUUUUAUUCACAUCACUGAAUGCGUUUUAUUUGGUUGUUUUGUUGAUUUAUA